AAACCACCUCCGAUACCUGCACCUAAACUACCUCCUACACCAAAUCCGCCUCCAAAUCCACCACCGGCACCUCCUCCAAUGCCACCAAUUCCUCCUCCUCCACCACCACCACCACCAAAUCCAAUGCCGCCACCCUUGCCAAUUCCUCCUCCUACACCACCACCGACACCUCCUCCAACGCCACCACCAACUCCUCCUCCUCCUCCUCCUCCUCCACCUCCACCACCACCACCACCAACUCCUCCUCCUGCACCACCACCGACACCUCCUCCGACGCCACCACCAACUCCUCCUCCUCCUCCACCACCACCACCGGCACCUCCUCCGAUGCCACCACCAACUCCUCCUCCUGCACCACCACCGACACCUCCUCCAACACCACCACCAACUCCUCCUCCUCGUCCACCACCACCACCGGCACCUCCUCCGAUGCCACCACCAACUCCUCCUCCUGCACCACCACCAAUACCACCACCUUUGCCAAUUCCUCCUCCUACACCACCACCCUUACCAAUUCCUCCUCCUAUACCACCACCUCCACCUACGCCACCUCCAAUGCCUCCACCUUUGCCAAUUCCACCUCCAGCACCACCCCCAACUCCUCCACCAAUUCCGCCACCUUUGCCAAUACCACCUCCUAUGCCACCACCUUUUCCAAUACCUCCUCCUGCACCACCUCCGGCUCCUCCGCCGAUACCUCCUCCUACACCACCACCAGCUCCUCCACCAGCACCACCACCAAUUCCUCCUCCUUUUCCACCUCCAGCUCCCCCACCAAUACCACCUCCUGUACCGCCACCAGCUCCGCCUCCAAUGCCACCACCUUUACCAAUGCCUCCACCUAUUCCACCCCCGCCUCCUGCACCGCCACCAACUCCUCCUCCGAUGCCACCACCUUUACCAAUACCUCCCCCACCACCAGUUCCACCUCCAAUGCCUCCACCUAUUCCACCCCCGCCUCCUGCACCACCACCAACUCCUCCUCCAAUACCACCACCUUUACCAAUGCCUCCACCUAUUCCACCUCCUGCACCACCACCAGCUCCUCCUCCAAUGCCACCACCUUUACCGAUUCCUCCCCCACCACCAGCUCCUCCUCCAAUGCCACCACCUUUACCGAUUCCUCCCCCACCACCAGCUCCACCUCCAACGCCUCCACCUAUUCCACCCCCACCUCCUGCACCACCACCAGCUCCUCCUCCAAUGCCUCCACCUAUUCCUCCCCCGCCACCAGCUCCACCUCCAAUGCCACCACCUUUACCAAUACCUCCACCUAUUCCGCCCCCACCUCCUGCACCGCCACCAACUCCUCCUCCAAUGCCACCACCUUUACCGAUGCCUCCACCUAUUCCUCCCCCACCCCCAGCUCCUCCUCCAAUUCCACCCCCUUUACCAAUGCCUCCACCUAUUCCUCCUCCGCCUCCUGCACCGCCACCAACUCCUCCGCCAAUGCCACCACCUUUACCAAUGCCUCCACCUAUUCCUCCUCCGCCUCCUGCACCACCCCCAAUUCCUCCGCCUAUUCCACCCCCGCCUCCUGCACCUCCCCCAAUUCCACCACCUUUUCCAAACCCACCACCAAUACCACCUCCUCCGCCUCCACCAUACCCUCCACCACCGUCACUGCCAAAACCUCCACCAGCACCAAAACCACCACCAAAUCCCCCUCCCUCACCAAUAGUAAAAAACUUCUCAUCCUCAAAAUCUUUCACAUUUCUAGCAAAAGCCACACUUCCCACAAGAACAUAA